AAAAUUAUGAAUAACUCAAGAUCAAGUGCUAGAAAAGGAACAAACAAUCUUCCAGUUUAAACAGGAGAUAUAGAAGAAUAUGUGUAUUAUACUAAAUUUAUUAUAGCUAAAUUUUGUAUGAACAUUAAAAGAGCUGUGAAAAAGCUGGAAAAUAUUUAGAAGCUGAUCAAGCCAAGAAAAGACUUGCUGAGUUAAAAAAAGAAUUGGAUUCAAAAAAUAAAUAUGAAGUCAAGGAUAGACAUACUAAUGAAAAAUAAGAAAUUGAAAAAGCUCAUCUUGAUGAAUUUAAUCAAUUUAACGAAUUUUGGGAUUAAAAAAUGGCUGAAUUUGAUUAAGAAGCUCAAAGGGUUAAAGAAUAAGUGUUAUAAAGACAAGAGGAAGAAUUAAAACAAUUUACAGAUGAAUUAGAAAAUUCUAUUCCUGUAAAACCUAAAGACUCUGCUGAAUUACUUAGUAUGAGAAAAACUGAAGAAUCAUUAGCUAGAUAAGAAAAGUAUUCAAUUUUAUCAUAUAUUCAGUUAUUAAGAGGCUCAUCUAACUUAAUAAAGAAUACUUGCCAUGGAAAGAGAUGAAUAUGAAAAAUGGAAUGCAUCAAGAAUGAUCAAAAUUAAAAAUCUAAUCGCUUAACUUAAAUUCAAAUAAUCUAAUGAAUUAGGUGCUCUAUAACAAAGAAUCUUAUCUGGAUAAGAAGAAUAAAGAAAAAUUAGAUCUUAAGAAUUAGAAAAGUAUUAUUAAUUCAUAAUAUCAUAGACUACUUUAAAAAUAUUAAAAUGUUAGAAAAGAAUUAACUAGUUAAUAAAACUAGGAAAUUACUAGACUUGAUAAAACUUAAAAGAAUCAAUCUAUUAUGUAAUAGUCUAGAAUGAAUUCAUCUAAAAUGGGCAAUUCUCAAAUGAAAAAAGGAGAUGAAGAAAACUUUUAUAUUAAAUGAUCAC